AUGUCUCUUGACAUUACUCCCCAUCCAUAUUACCCGACAGAUGCACACAUCAACGGCUAUUCUGUCAAUGAAACUCCCGUUCUUACCCUUUUGGCGGUCGCUGGGGGUGCCUCUACAGCUCUUCUGGGAACGACACUGGCUCUGACUAGCUUCCUGCGACCGAGUUUGAGUAAAGCGGACAAAAUUGCCAUUCUAUGGUUUGUUCUCAGUGGAACGCUGCACUGUUUCUUUGAGGGUUAUUUCAUUUUCAACCAUGACCGCAUGGCCCCAGCCCAGGACUUUGUCGGUCAACUGUGGAAGGAAUAUGCUCUAUCGGACUCUCGGUAUAUGACUUCUGACACAUUGGUCCUGUGUCUGGAAACUAUCACGGUGUUUCUUUGGGGUCCUAUUUGCUACUUUGUUGCAUACACAAUUUUCACCCAGAAUGCUCUGCGACACCCGUUUCAGCUGAUUGUCUGCAUGAGUCACCUGUACGGGGAUACCCUGUACUACGCGACGAGCCUCUUUGACCACUACGUCAAUGCGCGACCAUACUCUCGGCCAGAAGGAUAUUACUUUUGGAUCUACUAUAUCUUCAUGAACUUCAUUUGGAUUGUUGUUCCUUUCUCAAAACAAAAGCCCCUUGACAUCGGUCAACCAUUGGGUCUCUAUGACACCAACUCAGUGCGUGCAAAGGUGCGCAAAUGGCAGCAACAAGGAGGCGGGGUGGUUACCGCCAACGAUGCCAUCUACUACGAGGAGGAUGAGGAGAACACCAGCACCGAGCCCAAGGGCAAGUCAACAAAGGACAGCGAUGUUUCAAGCUCCAAGAGCAGACCUCGGAGCCACAGCACUCCCCGAAAACGAGUUAUCAGUGACGAACACUGGAAACUGAAUCGGAGUUCCAUGCAAACUCCUCCGCCAAAGCUACCUGCUCCGAAUCGGAUUUCCGAAUACACUACAAAUGACCCAAUAGCCUCCCCGCUGGCGGGGAAAAAGGACGCUCGCAGGGACGAGAAACCGAAGCCUAGUCCUGCUUCUCGGGGCAAGGCAGGUGCGACCACGGAGUCAUCCAGAGAACGACGCAAGUCAAGGGUAGCCCGCGAUGUCGAUUCGAUUGUCGGCAGCACAAUUGAAGAGGAAGAUGCGGCACGUAGCGAUAAACCCCGCUCCGCCACGCGGUCUGUGACUGCGGAUAAAUCUCAUGCAGGAGAUGAAUCGGAGUGGGCAGCGAGUGAAGCCGACUUCACUGAAUUGUCAAAACGACGCGCGCGCGGGCCAGAGUCGAAGAAAUCCAAGGACUCGAAGGAUUCACGAGAGGCGAAGGAGCAGAAAGAGCCGAAAGAAACAAAGGAAUUCAAACUUCACGAUCCAGUGAUUCCCAAAAAUGGCAUUUUUGGUCAUAUGAUUGACGAGUCGAGAAAGUUGUUUGGAAGACCGGAGGCCCCCAAGCCUGCUCCGCCCCGGGGAUCCAAAAUCGAAGCCUGGCUUUCGGAGACCCACGACCCAUUUGUGGAUGAUGAUAUGGAGUCCGAUGUCGAAAUUCCUGCGCCUUUGAAUACAAAGAACCGGGCAAAACGGGCACACAGGAGGGAGGACAGUCAUGACCGUGCUACAGAAUCAGAGCCGUCACCAGACAGUAACCCUCGCCGAAAGAGCAAUCGUAUGCGGCGAUCCAAAGGAAGGGAGGAACUGUCUAUUGGAGAACGGCCGAAGUCGGCAGAGGAUGUGACGAUUUCCUCCAAGGAUCGAAGUAAAGACGCACCCUCGCCGGCUAAUCGCAAGAAGUCAAGUGACAUCCGGCAAAGCAGACCACCCUCUAAAUCUAUCCCCAAGGAAAGUGAAAACCCCAAGAAAGCUCCUGAGGAGAAGCCGGGCGCUUCUGAUGUUGACACUACCCACCAUUUGUCGGAAAGCUCCGAAGUGUCUGGUAGCAAUGCUCCUGUUCCACUUGGCCCUAAACGAGCAUUUCCCAGCACAGGAGGUCAUCGGCUUUCUACCAUUGCUUCUGUUGAGUCAACUGGUACCAAUGGAGCCAAAUCCCAGGCGAAUCCACAACCGACCUCGUCAGAGAAGCCCAAAUCAACGCCGGGACAGGACGACGCAGACGCAGAGGAAAGAGAUCAAUUUGAUCCCAACUCGCUUCCAAUAGUCUCCACCCAGCUGCGAAGACGCCUCACCACUCAUGAUGACUUGAUCUCUGUCUUAUCCACACCGAAUAGGAGCAGGAGUCUCCGCUCGGCCAGGAGCAUCAGAUCGAGUAAAAGUCAGGCACCGACUGCAACGCUGCCUGAGUUGUUAGCUGAAUUGUCCGCGGACGAAACGAAGUACAUGCGGGAACUCAAAACUUUGGUCGGGGGUGUGAUUCCUGUCCUGCUCACCUGUGUCUUGUCGAGAUCUGAAUCGGCCAUAGCUGCUGGUCUUUUUCGGCCGUCUACGGACCCCAAAGAUGAGAUGAACUUCACCAAACCAAUCGUUGAUAUGGGGGUGGCUAUUGAGCGCCUCAAAACACUGCAUAAGCGGAUUCCAAAAGACAAUUCGGAUGCAUUGAUUACAUGGGCCCAAGGGGCCCAUAAAGUAUACCGUGACUACCUCCGAGCCUGGCGACUUGGUUUCAGAGAUGUCAUUGUAAACCUAGCGCCUCUCGAAGAAGGCGAAGAGGAAUCUGACGCAAGAAGCUUAGACGAGGGCAUGGCACGCGAUGAAAAUGGUGAUGUGGUAGAUGGCGAUGGUGAGAAGGUUGAUGUGGCGUACUUGCUAAAGAGACCUCUUGUGCGACUGAAGUAUCUUGCGAAGACCUUCAAGGGAAUUAAUAUGCUCCAACAAUCUCCCAAAGGCGAAGAGGUAGCUACGACCUAUCAAGCACUUGUCACAGAAGCUCGACGCCGUGCACGAGAGGAACGAGCUAGACUUGAAGAUGAGUCUGCUGCCAGUAUCGAUACAUCGCGUGCGCGCGACCCGGUCACCCUGGGCGUGCUUCCUAAUGUGACCGUUGAUCGGACUCGGCGAGUCCGAGCCCGAGACUUCUUCGACCUGUCACUAUACCAUUCGAGUGGUCAGGUCAUUGAUUGCCGUGCAGAACUGCUCUUGAGAGACAACGUCUCCGAGAAAGGUCCCGGAGGUGACUUGCUCAUUUGUGAGAUUGAUCACGCAGACCGAUGGUUGCUUUUACCCCCUAUGGAACUCACAUGCGUGUCUGCUCGGAAUGGAGAUUCCAAGGGAGAAAUUGUGGUCAUGAUACGUAGUGACCCAGGGCAGGAUAACUCCUGGCAGGAGCUACUGUUCCUUCGCAUUGACGAAGAGGACGUUGGGUUUGAAUGGGUGCAGCUGUUGGGCCUGAACCCUGUUCCACCAAAGAUUUCUCGAACGCAGAGCUUCAUGGAUCGGGCCAAGCAGCGACAGCAACAGCAAAAGCAGCGCAAUCAAGUAAACUCUUCCAGCGAUGCCCCUCCCAGCCCGAAGGCUGCGCCAAACCUUAGCGAUGUUGAUGUUCCAAUUGGAGAGAAGGCAACCGCUCGCACUGCCCGGCUUUCUCUUACUACCAAGGACCUAUCGACUGACCCGAGUACCGUUUCAUCCUCCGUGGAAGAAUCCAAGGAUUCCUCGUACUCUGACAUUACGCGGGAAUCGGAUUAUGCUCCGGCAGCGUCGGAGGUAUCGACCAAACCUUCAACGCCCAUACUUCACUCUAGAGACCCCCGCGGAAGGAUAGCUGGUGACGAUGCUACGGCAGGCGGUCUCAAAAGAUCAAAGGCGAAGAGGAUCUCACGAUACGGGGAAGGCUCCUCCCCAGGACCUUCUACACCGAAGACACCUACUGCAGAAAAGGAGCAGAACGCGGCCCCUUCUCCUUCCCACAGGUUCUAUGACGAUGUCAAACGCCCGGGUGAAACCGCAGACAAGUCUCAAGCAAGCAAGCCCCAUAAAGAGAACCACCCGCCAAAAACCCCCGUGAGAGAGCCACCCGCAGAAUCUCCACGUGUUUCGUCAGUUCCUUCAAUGGAUCUGCCUCUCAUCCCAAAACUUAGGUCAGGAAGCACUAGCACUUAUGUAACCGAGCCAUUGAGAUCCGCGUCCGAUGAGGAAUUUGAUUAUCUGAAUGUCUGUGACUCAAUAGAGAGUCUUACAAAGGGCAAAGGCCACUCUCGCUCAAACUCCGAUUCCAGUCAACCUGAAGAUGAUGAACCACCACCGCCCCCGCCUCAUCGUUCGCCAAGCUCCUCCACAGUAUCAAGCCAUUCGAACACUCCAGUUCUUAGCCCAACGGCUGCGCGUCUCAAGAGACGGGGCUCUUCGCCUCUGAAGCACGAGUACGAGCCGUCCACAGCAUCGGAUGAAUACUCGGACUCAGAUACCUCAACUGUGCGGCACUAUGAAAUGUAUUCCGAAUCUGAGUAUUCGGAAUCCGACUCCUCGGACGAUGAUACGGAAGAUGAGCUCGCAUCUUCGCUUCCGUCAGCUAGCACGCGCGAUCUUUCCAAGCCCCUUGAGCAGCCUGCGACCAGCUCCCUGUCCCCCUCACACUCUGUAUCUCAGGGCGGAUAUAGGUCUGUCCCAUCACAGCCAUCAAAGUCUUCUAAGACGAUUGCCUCGGUAUUCGCCUGGUCUGACAAAGGCACUUGGGAGAGCUUAUUGCCUGAUGAAUGUAGCAUCAUUGUCAGCCCUGGCCUCAUUGAAGCUUACAAGAUGAACCUAGGUUCUACUUCACCUAGACGUGAUGAAAGGCGAUCAAGUCAAGGGCAGCCUGUUGUUGCUCUGGAGUUAACACCCCUUGUUCCCAUAAGGCGUGGCACGGCUAUUGAUAUAAGCAUUCGCUCUCCACCAACCGAACGGUCCAAGAUUACAUGGAGUAACAACAUCAUGUUCCGUUCACGAAACCCUGAUGAGUGCGAGGUCCUAUACAGUCUUAUCAACGACUCGCGCAUUAACAACCCAACAUACAUUGCGCUUCAAAACGCACGAGGUCCAUUUGCCGACCAGCCCGCUCCUUUGGAGCGUUCAACCAAGAGCGGAGGAUCUUUUGGCUGGCCUCUUCGCAGAAAGAGCUACCGUGCAUCGAGCUCUCCCAGGUCGCUGGCGGAUAACUCUGAAAGUAGUGUCGGCACCAUGAGCAGUGCUUUCUCGGCUUUGAAGCGAUUUGGUGCUGGAAGUAAGAUGUUUAGCAUCGCACGAUCAACAGUGACUUCUCGGAAGGAUGGCAGCGUGCGUUCCACCUCCACAGGGUCUGCAUCGAACCCCUCGUCAAUGUCUGGUAUCGGAAGAAUAGCAGCUGCCAUCAAGGGAGUAGACGGAAUUGGUUUGUCCAACGCCAAAAUCAGACUCUACUACCGCGAAACACAAUCCAAAUGGAGAGACAUGGGAGCUGCUCGCCUGACAAUCAUGCCCGCUUCCCAUGAUCCUCCACGCCCUGGCACUGCUGCAAGUGGACGCAGUGAUACCAGCGGCCCGACUGAUGCUCGGGAAGGAAGCCCAUCGGCCUCUGGAUCUGCCUCGCCUCGUCGCGGCGUGGAAUCCGAGAAGCGUAUCCUCAUCUGCGGCAAGACCCGUGGAGAGGUUCUGCUCGAUGUCUGUCUGGGAGAGAGCGCCUUCGAGCGUGUGGCGAGAACAGGCAUCGCCGUGUCCAUCCGCGAAGACAACGGAAAUGGCGGUGUUCCCAAGCAGGGCGGCGUUACCAAUGGAUCCUCCAAGAUAUAUAUGGUCCAGAUGAAGAGUGAAGCCGAAGCGGCGUACACCUUUGGGCUUGUGGGAAAGCUCAAGUAUUAA